CCCGACCGACAUUGAGUGGACCCGACCCAAUCGUCUUUCCUAACGAUAUUUGGCGGGUAAACCACACGCACACUUUCCUUGUGUCUUCUUCGUGUUCCUUCGGCAACAAUCAGUCUUUCUCACACGCCAAAUCGAAACCCAAUUCGUAUCUGCCUGUUCGGUCCAUCUAAACCCUUAUUUUGAUCAGACGAAACCCUGAUUUGCGAUAUGCAUCAUCAGAACGAGAUGAAUUAUCCAUCAUCUUCGUAUUACGAUUAUCACCAAUCUGACAUCCAAAACCCUAUACCUAAUCCCCCAUUCGAUCACUUUCCUACUGCUGCAAACGCGUCUGCUCCUCCAGAUCCUUCCAUUUACCAUCCCACCGAUUACUCCAAUACUUACCCCUCUACUUACUACCCUAAUGAUCAUCAGAAUCGAGCGGUCCAGAACUUUGAUUCGAGUAAUCCUAGUUAUGAUCCGAAGUCGGUGCCUUCUUGGUAUUAUAACCACCCGUAUGAUCAGAAUCAGAGUCAGAGAGCCGUGGAGUUUGGAGGUGCUAUAGUUGAGGAAAGUGUGUAUGCUUACACUGGAAGUCAUAGCGGUAGGCAGGUUGAGUCUUCGAAGGUGCCGGCGGUUAAGUUUGACGACUACGGGAGACCUAUAGGUUUUGCUGAUGGUGGGAAGAAUGAGCAGAUGGGGUCAAAGAUACUGAAAAGUGAUGAUUUUGAUGAAAAUGCUUAUGCUUAUAGUGGAGGUAACAACGGCGGGAAAGAUCGGUCAUCUAGGGUGCCUGCGCUGAGAUUUGAUGAUUACGGAAGACCUAUAAAUUCUGCCACCAAUGGCGGGAAUGAACAGAGGGGUUUAAUCGCGUCAUUGGAUGCUGAUAAGAUUGUAAAAGGUACACCCAAAGUGGAGGUGAAUGAGGAUGUGAGGAGCGGAGUUCAGAAAUUCCGUGUAAUGCUUCUCUCUGAAGGGGGUGGAGCUCAGGGAGACAUGGAUGUGCUAUGUCAGAUUGGUUUAGACGGUAUUCAAAUACUUGAUCCUGCAACAAGUCGAAUACUGAAAGUCUAUUCCCUUGAGACUGUGACAAGAUGGGAGGUCUUGGGUUCAAAUAUAUUUGCUUUCUGGACCAAAAGUUCCGUUGACAUUGAAGCAAGACGUGUCAGACUAAAGUCCAACAGUUAUACCACAACCAAUAUUCUCGACAUGGUGGCUGCUGCAAGUUUUCAGCUCAAGGAGAUGGAUGGAGUGACGAUCUCUGAACAACCAGCUGAGAAGAAAAAAGGCUUCCCUGAUUGGAAAAACUUGAUGAAGCCUGGCAAUGAGGAGAAAGACCACUGGGUUCCGGAUGAAGCAUCCACCAAGUGCACAGCUUGUAGCACAUAUUUUGGAGCUUUUGUGCGAAGGCAUCACUGUAGAAAUUGUGGUGAUAUUUUUUGUGACAAGUGCACUCAAGGUAGAAUUGCUCUCACAGCAGAAGAGAAUGCUCAGCAAGUCCGAGUUUGCGACCAAUGCAUGGCAGAAGUUACUCAGAGGCUGAGUCAUGUAAAUGAGGUAGCUGGUAGACCUUCAGGCUUCAAUAGACAUGAGGAUCUUGCAAAGAAACUUCAGGAGGAGAUGGAAAAGAAGCGCAAAACAGCAGCAGAAUUGAAAUCCAAUGUUGCCGAUGAGCAAAUGAAAGAGGUAGAAUGUCCAACUUGCACAGUCCAUUUGCAGGUUAAGGUUCCAGGUAGCGGUUCAAAAACCAUAGAAUGCAGUGUCUGCCAGCAUCCUUUCGUCGUGAGCGCCCGUUGAUCAUCCAUCUUUGUCUACUACCCGUUUUACAGAUAGAAUUAAAAUCGUGUACAUCUACGUUAUUAUUGUAUAAAUUGCUAGUAUUUGUUUAAGCUAGCUAUACAUGAGUAAAAUUAUAUUGAUAAUGUGUAUAUACAGAACAAAGCUCCUUUGAUAUUAUUAUAGAAAUAGAAAAAUAAUACAUGGUAUUAAUCCUGGCAUGUAU